GAAUGCACUGGUAAACUUAUUCUGCAUAUCCUUUGUCCACAGGCUGUCUUCGACUGCGUUGUCAGUUCUCUACGGAAUGUCUUCAACAUCCUCAUAGUUUUCUGCCUUUUUCAAUUUAUUUUUGCGGUCAUUGCGGUCCAACUGCUUCAGGGUAAAUUUUUCUACUGUAACGACGCUUCCAAGCCGAGCAAAGAGGAAUGUCAGGGACAGUUCUUUGAAUAUAACGAGCAGGGUGUACCGACAACCGUUUGGCGGCAAUGGAAUUCUCACGGAUUCAACUAUGACAACGUCUACUACGCAAUGCUGACUCUGUUCACAGUGACUACUGGCGAAGGGUGGCCCAAUGUGCUCAAGAAUUCUAUGGAUGCUACUCACGUCAAUCAAGGACCAAUAGAAGAUUAUCGUCAGGAGAUGGCAAUAUUCUACGUGACCUUCUUCAUUGUUUUUCCCUUCUUCUUCGUCAACAUCUUCGUCGCCUUGAUCAUUAUCACCUUUCAAAAGCAGGGCGAAAACGAACUAUUUAACCUCGAACUUGACAAGAACCAGAAACGUUGCGUAGACUUCGCAAUUAACGCGCAUCCCCUGUGUCGAUACAUGCCCAAAGACAAGCGAUCGUGGAAGUAUCGAGUAUGGCGGUUAGUGGUGUCCACACCCUUUGAAUACUACAUCAUGGUUAUGAUUGCUCUCAACACACUCAUUCUUAUGAUGAAGUAUCAUCGACAAGAGAGACGCACCUCUAUGGCUACGACUAUUGACACCGCCCAGCAGAACUAUCACAAUUACUGCAACACGCUGAUAUUCUUGAACUCCGCUUUUACAGUCAUGUUCUCUGUCGAAUGUGUACUGAAGAUCAUGGCAUUUGGUCCCAAGAAUUAUUUUCGGGAUCGCUGGAAUAUUUUUGACUUCAUUACCGUCAUUGGAAGCAUCACGGAUGUCCUCGUCUCCGAACUGCAGACCACCGUAUCAACUCGACAGUGGUUUAGGUACGCUUGCCUUGUGGGCUCCACGAAUCUUCCCGUACAUAUGACGACGGCUACGGAAAACGAGGUCCUGCGUGAUCUUGACAAACUUAACCUUCUCUUUCGCCAGCAUGUACUGGUGCUUCCUAUCUAUUUCGCUUUCGUGUGA